UUUUUUUAUAUUUUUAAGGGAACAUUCAUCGCAACUUUCAAAGAUCUUUUAUUCUAUUCUAUUUAUUUUAUCAUCCUCAAAAAAAUUUUUUUUCUUCCUUCCAUGCUUUUUCGCGAGCAUAAUAAUUCUUGCGCAUCUUUUGAUAACAACAAUUUUAUUUGGAAUUCAAUGACGUCGCUACAAAGUGAUGAUGAACAAAAUAGACAAGAAAGGCAACAAAAACAACUUUACAACAAGUAUAUGCAACACAACAACAACAGACAAAUUAAUAAUGAAACAAUAACAACAAAAAUAGGACAACCAACAAAAGGGCAACCAACAAAUAUUAAUUCUGAAGACAGCAGGAAUAUAAAAAGAACAAACAAAAACAACACUAGAACUACCAACAAAACAGUCAUUUUAAGAACACAAAAAUCAUCUAGAAAUAAUUCUAAUUCCAAAUUAUUAUCCAAAAUUGUUGUUCUUUUUCUUCUUUGUUAUAUUCCAUUAAUGGCAAAUGCUCGCCAAAGGCGUUUAUUGGAUGGAGAGUCUUCCUCCGAAGGAGAAUCAUUGCCAAAUAGUGAAAUAACUUUACCAGAAGAGUGCUAUCAUCGCUACUCCAAUACAGACCAUCAUUCAUCAUUAAUGCAUUGGUUACACAGAAAAAACUCUUCGCAUUAUUCACCAAUUUCGCCAUCAUAUCAGCAGGCACUGCUCAAGUUACAGGCACAAGAAUUAGCGCAUGGAGUGCAGGUUACAUCGGGAGCUUCAAGUUGUAAUACAAGAAAGAUGAAAGUUAUUAGUGCAACUACACCAUUGAGGGAAAGGGCAUUGUGUCAGUUUGAAUAUAUUCUCAAUUACAAUCCACAAAGAAUUCCAUCAACAUUUACCGAAGUAAAAUGUUCGUGUCCAAAACCAUCAAUUAGAAUGGUUGGAAAUCGAAUGUUUGAAUGCGAACCUUUGCGUUAUCAAGUUCGAGUUCUACUAUUUGAUCCUCAAUGUUUAACUUAUGUUGAGCAUAUUGAAACAAUAGCAUUAGCAUGUCUACCAGUUAUUCAGGCAAAUACAAACGCUGAAGGCGAAUCAGAUGAAGCUAUGGUACAAGUACCUGCUGAUGCACCUUCAUUUAUUCCAACAUAAAAAAUUCCUAUUUU